CUAAAUCAUCCAUGCACUAUGCUUUUGCUUGCUUUGCUUUAUGUGGCAGAAAAAAACAUAAAUGAGCAACCAGCUGUUUUUGUUCUCCAAGUGCUUGGAAAUUGGUGAAAAUCAGUAUGAAUCAAAAUUAAAUAGUGUCAUUUCAUCUUUCAAGUCAGUGACAUUUUGUGGACUGAAUGUGAAAUUAUUAACAUUCUUAAAAUUCAUGUAGAGUAGGAAAAUUAAUCGAUUUGAAGUUUAGUCAAACAUCACUCUCGAUAAAUGGACUGCGUUAGUGAUUUUAUUCUGCGUCUUACUUGAGGUACAUUAUAAUGUGUUGAUUUAGGCCAUCAAGCUAAGUUUUUGUGUCUUAUUCUGCUGCUGCAACGAUCCUGCGUAUAAAUAUAGCUUCACGGUGUGUCAUUUGUCGCGUGGUGAUACGUGUUGAGUGUAGUGAGCAAAGCAAAGCUGACGGCAAUAUUCGAGUGUGGACUGGUGUGAUGUGGUAGUGAGUCAGUGUGGCGUAGUGCAGUGGAUGCGGAGACAGCGUCGUAGCGCUCGCCCUGGCAUGGUGCCGGGCAGGUAGCGCGCGCGGGCGGCCUGCGCAGGCCCCACACAAGCAGCCGCGUGUGUCCCUCAGCGUCGUCUAUGGCCGAGCAACACAUCACACCGUCGUCGCACUCUGCACUCACGAGAGAGUCCAGCGGGUCUUCUCCUAGCAGGGUGGUGGGCGGUCGGUGGUUGCGUCAGGUGCGUCGAGCGAGCCACAGCCGUCGGAGCAGACGUAACGUGACGUCACCCCUGCCGCGCUCCACCAGUCGACACUCGUCCAGCCGCGUGUCUGACGCGGAGCCCUACGCUCACGUCGAGCUGCGCAGAAGCUCGCGCCUCAUUAACACUCUGCCCAGGUCUGACUAUUCUAUAACAGAACGCUGGUCCUACGGCACAGACGUAUACGAGACACGCUGUGAUACUACCGAAUUCAAAGGCGGUGACGCCCAUAAAUCCAGCGUUCACCCAAAACGCGGACGGACUUCCUCGCAUGACAGGAAAAAACGUAAGACUUUAUCGAACAACAGUGCAGAGGAGUGCGUCGCAUAUUGCACACGCUCACGGACUGCUCUUAAAUCCAGCGAGAGUGCUUGUGAGCAAAUUCCGAAUAAUUUAAAACCCAAUACAUUAACUCAACAACCACUGAAUCUGAACGCUACAGCCACUUCCACUCAGCCUAAUCAGUCGGAAGGCGGAUUACUGCCUCUGGACGAAAGAGAUUUUGCAUAUUCUCCAUACAGCUCGUCUACUGUCACAGAGUUACUAGACUCAGAUUAUUCUGUAUACAGUCCGACUGCUAAUCGACGAAAAGGGAAGAAGAGGAAGCGAUCAGCACAUCGCUCUCUGUCAAGCAGGAAGAGCAGCUGUUUGCUCAACGUAGAAGAGUGCCGAAAGAAAUUUAAAAUAGAUUCGCACAGCAAAGACGAAACAGAUACCAGCAGUACUGGAAGGUCAUCAAAACACGAACUCGACAAGGCCGACCUACCUUCAGCUGCUUCGUGCACGUAUCUGCUCCGCAACAGAAACAGCCAUCUCGGGCCUCCCACAUCGACUGUCAUUAGUGAACACGCAGCCAACCCGCCCAGCGACGUUGUACACAAUCAAACACUAGCGGGCCGCAAUAGUAGUGCCUCCGAGAGCAUCGUCAGCCUUCCCAGCGCGCCAAGUACCCCGCCACUACCAGACAAAGAUAUCCAAGAGGCAAGUUCGUCCAAAGCACACAGCUCGGCGAGCAAAUUAUUAAUAGUACCGCGAGAUCUUCCUUAUUUGCGUCAAACUAACGCGCGCAGGGUAUCGGGCAGCGAGGGCGCAGGCAGCAGUGCGGCAGGCGGGCGGCGGGCGCGGGCUCGCGACAUGCCGCAGCCGCAGCCAGCGUCCACGCGUCGAGACAAACGAGGCAAAAGCAGUCUGGGUUCGUGUGCCAGUACUGGUGGUGCGUCCAGCCGGUCUCACCCCCAGCCAUUAACCACGGGUGCUGUGGCAUCCACAUCUUCCACUCCGCCGGCUUCAGCGUCAGCAUCAAUGCCUGACAACGCAGCUAGCGAGGCUAAGCCUAAGGGCAAGGCAUCGUCUUCGUCGGAAGAAUGCGCCGGCGGCGGGGGUGGUAGUGGCGUGGGGGGCAGCGGGUCGGGCGGUGCGGGCGCCGAGGAGUCUUCCUCGGAGGAGGGCGAGGUGGGCCGUCUGCAGGCAUUGCUGGAGGCUCGCGGCCUGCCCCCGCAUCUGCUCGGAGCCCUGGGGCCGCGCAUGCAGCAUCUGCUGCAUAGGACUGUCACUGCCAAUUCUGCUGCAUCUAAAGCAGCCCAGCUCCUGGCUGGUCUGCAGGCGACUGGCGACGAGGGCCAGCAGCUGCAGGCCGUGAUCGAGAUGUGCCAGCUGUUGGUGAUGGGCAACGAGGACACGCUGGCCGGCUUCCCCGUGCGGCAGGUCGUGCCCGCGCUCGUCAAUCUACUCGCUGCUGAACACAACUUUGAUAUGAUGAACCACGCAUGUCGUGCUCUGACUUACAUGUUGGAGGCGCUGCCCCGCAGUAGCGGUGCGGUGGCGCUGGCAGUACCUGCCUUCCUGGACAAAUUGCAAGCCAUAACCUGCAUGGACGUUGCUGAGCAGAGCCUCACUGCGCUUGACAUGCUUUCUAGACGACACUCCAAAGCUAUAUUACAAGCUCGUGGAGUAUCAGCUUGCCUGACUUACUUGGACUUCUUCUCCAUCAACGCACAGCGCGCCGCCCUCUCCAUUACAGCUAAUUGCUGUCAGAACCUCACUCCAGAUGAGUUUCACCUAGUUAGAGACUCUCUUCAACUAUUGGCUAAUAGACUCACCCAACAAGACAAGAAAUCAGUAGAAUGCGUGUGCUUAGCGUUCUCGCGUCUCGUGGAUAGUUUCCAACACGACCCGGCUCGCCUGCAAGAGAUUGCUACUCCUGAACUACUCACCAAUUUACAACAAUUGCUGGUGGUGCAGCCGGCGCUGAUCUCAGGCGCGACGUUCAUCACGGUGCUGCGGCUGCUGUGGCUCAUGUGCGCCGCCUGCCCCCAGCUGGCGCUGCAGCUGCACCAGCGCUCCAUCGCAGACACCUUGCUCUGUCUGCUCACCGGCUCCACGCUGCACCAGGAGCAAGUUGAAUUGAUACCGCGGCUCCCGCAAGAGUUGUACGAGAUCACGUGCCUGAUUGGCGAGCUGAUGCCGCGUCUGCCGACUGACGGCAUCUUCGCCGUAGACUCACAUCUAGACAGACCCUGGUCUGCUUCAACCGAGCGCACUGCGCACUGGCAGUGGCGGGAUGAUAGAGGUGUGUGGCGAUCGUACUCGUGGGCGGAGAGUCGCGCGCUGGAGGCCGGCGCGGCGGCGGGCGAGGAGGAGGUGUGCCUGACGACGCUGGGCCGGUCGUACACCGUGGACCUGACGGCCAUGCAGCAGCUCAACGACCACACCGGCACCGCGCGCCCCGUGCAGCGCGUCGCGCCCGCGCCACAGCCCAGCGACCAGCCCGCCUCCUCACACGCGCCCGCUCCAGAUCCUCGUAUCGCUAUGGUGCGCUCGAACCCGGGCCUGGCUCGCGCCCUACUGGCCGUGCUGCACGAAGUAUACUGGAGCUCUGCCGGCCCCGCCGUGCGCUCGCAAGCGCUCAAAGCUAUACUGCGGUGUGUCUACUAUGCCGACGCACCAUUGCUCAGACAAGUGCUCAAGAUGCAGGUAAUAUCGUCUCACAUCGCGGGCAUGAUGGCGUCGAGCGACCUACGCAUAGUGGUGGGGUCGCUGCAGCUGGCGGAGAUCCUGAUGCAGCGGCUGCCGGAGGAGAUGGGCGUGCAGUUCCGGCGCGAGGGCGUGCUGCACCAGGUGGCGCUGCUGGCGGAGCGCGCGCCCCCCGCCGCGCCGCCGCGCCAGCCCCAGCACAAGGUGCGCCCCAAGCCUAGCCCACAUGACGUACUUCCCUACCACAAAUACAACCAGCAAGGUAAUAAUGUCUCUGUCUGCCUCCCGCAGUCGCCCGGCGGUGGCAGCGUCCGCUCCAGUGGGGGCUCGUCCCCGCCCGCCUCCACCUCAGCGACGUCUCUCGAACAUCAGAACAAUCUGUCCCUAGCGUUUUCCGCCUCGGGAUCAUUCGUUGCCAGCACCAUGCCCACUGGUAGCGAUGGAAGUGGUUCAGAACCUGGACAAGCCUCAGCUUCUACACAUACACAGAUGUCUGCAACUUCGGUGCACAGGUCGAGCAGUCCCUUGCAGCUAGCGGAGAUGUUGAAGCGCAAGCGCGCGGUGAAGAGGUCGGGGGGCGCGGGGGGUCGCCACGCGCGUCGCCGCGACGAACCUGCGCCCGCGCACGCGCACGCCCCGCCCCACGCGCAUCUCGCCCACCCCGCGCAUGCGCACCAUGCGCACGCGCAUCACACACAGCACGCUCACCACGCACAGCCGCACGGUUCGGGCGUGUCGUCAGGCGCGCGUUCAGCGACGCGUGUGGGCGGUACUUCGAAGACGUCCUCGUUCCUGUCGUCGCUGAACCCGUCCCGCUGGGGCCGUUCCCCGCACACACACAAGGACACCGGCCUGCUCGCCUCGCCACAUACUUCCGCUAAUCUCACUGUGCAGAACAAGGAGAAGGUGCGCGAGUGGAUCCAGUGGACGGCGGCGCGCGUGGUGCGGGCGUGGGGCGCGCUGGGCGGCGGCGGCGGCGCGCUGGAGCAGCUGGCCGCGCUGGCCGCCGCGCUGCCGCGCCAUCACGCGCGCGCCGCGCUCACUCAGCUGCGCGACACGCUGCUGCAUCACGACGUCUCGCCCUUCGAGGUGAAUCACUCCGGUGUAUUGGGAGCUCUGCUGCAGUUCCUAACGGGCGUGGAUCCCGAAGGUGAACAGGGCGAGUCGCGCGACGGAGACGGUGAAGGUCGCGAAGACAAUGUCGCCGCUGCCGAAGAUCGCUUACGACUCUUCCUGCACGUGUUCGCUGAUAUGCCCCUCACCAUUGACGCGGAGUGGGCAGCGGGCGUGGGCGCGCUGGGCGUGGUGGGCGCGGGCAGCAGCGCGGAGGGCGGGGGCGCGGGUGGGGGCGCGGGCGGGGGCGCGGCGCUGUGCGCGCUGGUGGCCAAGGUGAACGCCUGCGUGUCGCACCUGGAGCAGUUCCCCGUGCGCGUGCACGACCUGCCCGCGCGCCCCGCCACCUCCGCGCUCAAGUUCUUCAACACGCACCAGCUCAUGUGUGAUCUCAAACGUCAUCCGACUUGCACAAAUCUCAAGCAAUGGAAGGGUGGCGUAGUGCGGAUUGAUCCGCUAGCUUUAGUUCAAGCCAUUGAAAGAUAUUUAGCUCAGAGAGGCUACGCGAGUGGUCGCGCGCGGUCGGAGUCAGGCGGGGGUCCGCACUCGGACGACGACGCCGCCUCCGACGAUGAUGUCGACGACUCGCUCGCCACGCCCCCACAUAAUCCCACAGAAGCCAAGCUUCGGCAGAAAUGGAUUGGCUUGAACGGAGUGCCACAGCCUCGCGGGAAACCUGAAAUAGCCCCAGCAUUGUGUUUCGCCGUGUCUGAUCAUAAACUGGAGUUUUUGAUCGGCGACACGGUGUUGCCUUACAACAUGACCGUGUACCAAGCAGUGAGGCAGUUUGGGGAGCAGACUGACGCCGACACAGACACUGAAACUCCGCUCGCAAACGCGGGUAUUUGGGUCCAAACGCACACGAUAUAUUACCGCGCCGUCGAGGCAGGUGAACAACCUCGCACAGACACUACCGCUUCACGUAAAGGAAAGGGCCAGCCCACCAAACUGUCUUCUCGUCGUAAACCUGAUCUCUUGUGGAAUGAAGGAGUUGUGCCGGCGCGUGUGUCCCCGCUCGUGGUGAUGGUGCGCGGCGCGGCGCUGGGCGGGGCGGGCGCGGCCGACGCGCGCGACGUGCGCGACGUACGCGACGCCUCGCUGCCCGCGCUGGGGCUGCUGCGCGCGCUGCACGCGCUGUCGCGGCACUGGCACACGCUGUACCGCGCCGCCUGCCUGCCCGACCACCGCCCGCUCGUGCCCAACGCGGACUUCAUCAACGCCAAGCUCGCUGCCAAAGCAAACCGCCAACUCCAAGACCCACUCGUUAUCAUGACUGGAAAUCUCCCACCGUGGCUAAAGAAAAUUGCUUACGCAUGCCCGUUCGUGUUGCCGUUCGAGUGCCGGCACCUGCUGUUCUACGUGGUGUCGUUCGACCGCGACCGCGCGCUGCAGCGGCUGCUGGAGGCGGGCGGCGAGCGCGGCGCGGGCGGCGCGGCGGGCGGCGCGGACGAGCGCGUGGCGCCGCGCCUGGACCGCCGCAAGCGCACCGUGCAGCGCCACAACGUGCUGCGCCAGGCCGAGCACGUCAUGCACGAGUUCGCGCACUCCAAGGCGCUGCUGGAGAUACAGUACGAGAACGAGGUCGGCACCGGCCUCGGGCCCACGCUCGAGUUUUACGCGCUCGUCUCGCAGGAGCUGCAGCGCGCCGACUUGGACCUCUGGCACGGCAGCGAGAACUUCAAGCAGAAGCCGACGUCCUUUGGCGGAGAAAUCGUCAAAAGCCAGCCGCCUGUCGUCACGGACCGGUCGGCCGAUGCUGCAGCUCGCCUGGCUUCUUCGGUGCGCGACGCUCUCAACUUGGAUGAAGAUCGUGCCCCCGAGCCAUCAGACUUAGAGAAGGAGACUUCGAUCCCGUCGCCUGCACCCGACGCAACCUACGUGUCCUGGCCUUGUGGCUUGUUCCCGCAGGCUGUCGGUCGCAACGCGCGGGCAUCACAUGUUUCAAGGAUAAAAGCAAAAUUCCGUUUUCUGGGAAAAUUCAUGGCUAAAGCUGUCAUGGACUCAAGAAUGGUGGACAUCCCGCUGUCGGUGUCGAUGUACCGCUGGAUGGUGAACGAAGAGAAGUGGCUGUCGCUGAGCGACGUCCGGCACGUGGCGCCCGAGCUGUGGCGCUCGCUGUGUCGCCUGCGCCGCGUCGCGGAGCGCGCCAGGCAGAUCGCCGCCGACACACGACACACGCCCGAACAGAAGACACAACUCAUAAGCGCUCUGGAGCUCGACGGUUGUCCCAUUGAGGAGCUGGGUCUGGACUUCAUUCUGCCCGGCGACGGCUGCACGGAGCUCCGGCGAGGCGGGCGCGACCUGCCAGUCACCGCACACAACCUACACAACUAUAUUGAUCUCGUUACUCACUGGCUACUCUAUGAAGGUGUUACCAAACAAAUGGAAGCUUUCCGGGAAGGUUUUGAGUCAGUUUUCCCACUAGCCAACCUCAAAAUAUUUUAUCCUGAAGAAUUGGAACAAGUAUUCUGUGGCAGUCCAUCUGGCGGUCGAGACCAGCGUUGGGAGCCACGUAUGCUGACGGAGUGUAUCCGUCCAGACCACGGGUACAACGCAGAGUCGCGCGCCAUUCGUAUGCUCAUCGACAUACUUGCAUCAUAUAACCGUGAGGAGCAACGUCUGUUCUUGCAGUUCGUAACUGGAAGCCCUCGGUUACCUACAGGAGGUUUCAAGGCGCUGAACCCGCCACUGACGGUGGUGCGCAAGUCUCUAGAAUCAUCUCUGGAUCCGGACGAGUACCUGCCGUCAGUGAUGACGUGCGUGAACUACUUGAAGCUGCCGGACUACACCAGCGCGGAGGUGAUGCGCGCCAAACUGCGUCUGGCCGCCUCCGAGGGCCAGCACUCGUUCCAUUUGUCGUGAACGCCCGAAAAUCGCCUCCUCCCCUACUACUGUGAUUACUUAUCGACCCCUCAGAGUUGUUUGUAUACACGUGUGAAUGCGGUUAGUGAAACCUAUAAUAAUUGUGUUAUAUUGACGGUGCACACGCCCCGGACGACUGCUGUUUAUGUGCAAUCAAAGUGAUUUUAUUAACCUAUGUGACAGACACUUAAAGUGCUGUGCGUUCUAUAGUUUUGUUUUCUUUGGAUUCUUUUUAGAUUACAGAAAUAUGUUUAUAUUAUAUUUUGUGUUAAUUUAAUGUGAUAACUUUGUAUAUUACUUUCUCUGUACAUUGGAGAUCUGCCGACUCUCAAUAAAAAGCUUAUGAUGAAUAAUUGUGUAACAUGGAUGGAUUUUGUUGGCUUCACUGUAUGGAGACAAGACUGCACGAGUCGGUAUUGUACCACUAGCCACAGGACUGACCAUCCAUGCUUCUGACUUUGCUGAACUUACAUAAUAAUAACAAUAGAGUGCCCACUCACUUACACUUCACGAGUUAUUCCUCGAAUACCACCUGCAGUAUAUUUCUGAUUAGAUUGGCACAUUUAUAUUUAAGCUAUUUGAAGGACCAUUAAAACUUGUCUGAGAGUCCUAUGAAUUAUAAUAGCAUUUAUUACCAAAUGGUGUAUGUUUUAAGUAUCAUUAAUGAGUAAAGAAAAAGUGCAAAAUUUAAUAUGUAACAAUUUCAAUAAAAC